AUACUCCACAGGUGACACCCUUUGGAGUAUUUAACUAGUCCCUGUAAUUGGCCCCCUUGACAGGAAGGCCGUACAUCUAAGUUAGACAUGUAACUCUCAGACCAGAGUUGAUUAAAUCAGACGCAGCGAAAAACACAGAACUGAAGAAACGGAAGUAGCUGGUGAAAAAAUGUACACACAGAAAAGGGAAGUAGUAGCAACUGCAAAUUGAAUCAACCUUCCUUUCGAGAAAUUAACGCCUGCAACCACAAACUAGAAUAACCCGAUUCUGUUAACCACUCCCCUCCUGAAAGACUAAGCACAGACAGCAGGGAAGCUGCGAUGUCUUGCUGGAGGAGCAAAGGGACCAUGAAGACGAGCAGUAACAUGAUUAAGUUUCACAACAAUGAAUUCUAUACGGCUAUUAUGGAUGAAGAUGUGGGACGUAUUGAGGAUAUGUCAAAAAAGCACAGGACCAACCUUCCCAUCCAGGUACAAGUCGGUGAACCUGGGAACAUUUUCUGGAAGGGCCUCCCCCUUCAUCUGGCUGCCUCUUACAGAAGACUAAAGAGCAUGCAGAACCUGCUGUCAUUAGGAGCAGACCCUGACAUGAGGGACCAGCUCGGUCGAACCACAGUUCACCAGGUGAUAACCAGUUGGCCGCGUACCUCGACUCCUUGGACAAAACCCGAUUCCAACUUCCAGAAUGCUGUGAUCGGCGCGCACAGAAAGGCAGAGGCCUGUCUACAGCUCCUCUGUGAGCAUGGUGUGAACGUCAAUGCAGAGGUAGAGAGGGAGAGUCAGGAGACGGCUCUCCACCUAUCAGUACGCUACGCUGCUCUGUCUGCAGUCCAAACUCUCGCCAGUUAUGGUGCUGAGGUCGAUGCCGUGAACAGCAGCGGGAUGACGCCCUUGCAUAUGGCCGCAGGGAUCCUUCAUAAGGACAUUCUUGUUAACUUGAUCAGACAGGGAGCAGAUAUCAACAGGGGGGUGAAGCACACAGGAAACACAGCUUUACACCUAGCUGCUGUGGCAACGGCCAUAAAGAGCGCUAAAACCCUGGAUGACGAUCUCAACUGCAUUUCCGAGCUGCUGGAGCACGGGGCCAAGACCGACGCAGAGAACAAGGCCGGACUUACACCUUUACAGGAGGCGUGCUGCAUGGGCAACGAGGAGCUGGUGGACCUGCUGCUCAGGUACGGAGCAGACAUCCACAAGCUGAGCCGAGCAGGGGAGAACUGUCUGUUUCUGUUCCUGAACCACAGGACCAACGUAAACAACAGCUCCAUGCUGGGGAAACUAGUCAACCUGACAUCCCCGCUCACCGUCUACAACCAAAACGGUCUCCUUCCCUCAACCUUGACAUUACCGUGUUUCUACAAGCAGAGAGAACAGCUACUGAAACUCAUUCAGCAACCAAGAAGGCUUCAGGAUAUUUGUAAGAGUUAUAUUUAUUUAAAACAUGUACAAGGCAAGAAAGGGGAACUGACAAAAAUGCUGCCCGAGAGGCUGUGUGACUUUGUCUUCAACUCCUGGGAGAACGUACAGGACAUCUCCUUUGUGACUGAUGACGGACUCGUUAAAUAACAGAUUGAUAUCACUCAAACUUGACAGCUGUGUGUCACUGCGACUUACAGGUGACUGCAAACGAUGCAUUAAGCUAGAAAGACAAUUUAAAUCUAAUAACAACACAUAUGAACAGAUGCCUGUCAAUGAAAACCAUGAAAGCAUCUCACCUUCAGGUCUCUGUGCAUGAUUCCUCUGGAGUGAAUAUACUCCACCCCUUCAAGUAUGUUCCUCAACAGGCUGAGGGUUUGCUCAGUAUCCACACAUCCAUACGGACCUGUCAUAGAAGCCAUGGGUCAAAACAAGGACAUUAAACAAGUGAGACCUUCACAGAACGACUGAGGUCACUACUCCAGCAGGACUCAUGUCUAAUUCAUAUUUGCCCGUUACUUCUCUCAUAGGAAGAAAUGUCAUUAAUGGAGCCAUUUGUUAAUAUACCGUGAGGAUUUUUUCUUGUGCAUUUUAUAAACUUUUUCUCGAGGACAAAUCUACAAAAGGUUUAACCAGCUUAUUACAGUGCGGAUUUUACCAGCUGCUAGUCAAAGCAUUUGCUUGACCACUAUCAUUAUUUGAUUUCAUAUUGAUGACAUGUUAAUGGAUAGUUUUUGCACGUGUGUUCUUUGGGAAUAUAGACAGGAGAGCCGUUGAAUCAGAAGUGAUCAAUUGAGUUAAACUGUUGAGAUUUGCUCCAAUAGGGGCAGGUUCCCCCAUUUUACGACUGUGUAUUACUGCUUUUCGCUAAGCAAUAUUUAAUUGUGUGCUUUUAAAUAAAUAAAAUCUGUAUUGGAACAAUA